UUCUUCCCCGACGGAGUGACAGAGAGAGAGAGAGCGAGAAUGGUGCGGGCUGCGUGGGUGGUGGUGGGCUUGUCCCUGGUGUGGGGCUGGGGGCCGGGACCCUCGGGGGCCUCCCAGGAGGGAGAGGGUCCAGAGAGCGCCCGUCCAACGGUCUCCACCCGACUGGGGCGCCUGCGUGGGACGCUGCUGAGCGUGGAGGGCGCCUCGGCCCCCGUGAAGGCCUUCCUGGGGGUCCCGUUUGCCAAGCCCCCCCUGGGCGCCCUCCGCUUUGCGCCGCCUGAGCCGGCCGAGCCCUGGACCCACCUGAGGGAGGCCGCCUCCCAGCCCCCCAUGUGCCUGCAGGACAUGGGCUGGAUCCAGGGGCUGAAUGCGACGCUGCCCAACAUGCCCGUCUCGGAGGACUGCCUCUACCUCAACGUCUUCACGCCGGACACGGAGGCCAAAUUGCCGGUACUGGUUGGGAUCCAUGGCGGGGCCCUGAUCGUGGGAUUCGCCUCCCUUUACGACGCGCCUGGCCUCUCUGCCCUCGAGAAUGUGGUGGUGGUGGUCCCUCAGUACCGGUUGGGGAUCCCGGGCUUCUUCAGCACCGGGUCCAAGGAGGCGCCUGGCAACUGGGGCUUGCUGGACCAGGUGGCCGCCCUCAGGUGGGUCCAGGAGAACAUCGCGGCCUUCGGAGGAGACCCCACUUCGGUGACCAUCAUGGGAGAGUCGGCCGGAGGGUUCAGUGUGGGGGUCCAGGUAUUGUCCCCGUUGUCCAGGGGCCUCUUUCACAGAGCCAUCUCCCAGAGCGGAGCCGCUGUCACGUCCUGCCUUGUUGUGGAGAACCCCAAAGCCAUAGUCCAGACGGUGGCCAAUGUCUCUGGCUGUGAGUCCAGCAGUCCAGCUGCCCUGGUGCUUUGCCUGAGGAGCAAAACGGAGGAGGAAAUGGUCGCCCUGAACAUCCAGCUGUGCCGGGUCUUUGGAGUGGUCCCUGCGGUGGUGGACGGGGAGUUCCUUCCCAAGGCACCGGAGGAGCUGCUGGCCGCCAAGGAGUUCAGCCAUGUUCCGUAUCUGAUCGGCAUCAAUAACCACGAGUAUGGGUGGGUUCUCCCUCAGGUGAGUGGGACAUUCAGGUCUCUUCCAUCCCGUCUUGGAGGCGUGGACCGGCCAGCGGUGAUGGCUGCCUUCCAGAAAUCGACUUCCCUCCUGAAUGUCCCGGUGGAGGCCACGCAGAGGGUCCUGGAGGAGUAUCUGGGGGAGAUGGAAGACCCCCAGGAACUACGGGAGCAAUUUCAGGAUUUCAUGGGGGACGCCAUGUUUGUCCUUCCUGCUCUUCGGGUAGCGAGAGCUCAUAGAGACUCGGGUGCCCCCGUCUACUUCUACGAAUUCCAGCAUCGCCCUUCCAUCUUCAGAGACACCAGGCCGGCUUUUGUAAAGUCCGACCACGGAGACGAAGGCAUCUUUGUUUUGGGAACGCUGUUCUUAAGCAGCAAGGAUUCCCCGUUUGGGGGAUACACCGAGGAGGAGAAACGGCUGAGCAAGACGGUGAUGCGAUACUGGGCAAACUUUGCACGCAGCGGGAACCCCAACGGCCACGGGCUGGUGGAGUGGCCCCGCUACGACCAGGAGGAGGGCUACCUGGAGCUGGGCUUGGAGCUGAGAGGAGCCCACAAGCUGAAGCAGAGCAAAGUCGACUUCUGGCUGAAGACCCUGCCGGAGAAGAUGAGGAAGGAGGAGGAGGAAGAAGAGAGGAAAACACACCAAGAGCUGUAGGCAAGGGAGGGGUGGCCACAGAGGAGAACAAGGCACCUCGAGGGAGGAAGAGGAGGAGGAGGAGGAGGAGGAGGAGGAGGAGGAGGAGGAGGAGGAAGCAGAGCCUGGUGAUGUGAUGGGGAAAUUGAUGUCGAGCAAGAAUUUGGGGGUCUUUGCCAGGAGGCAGAGACCAAUCAGACCCAACAAGGAGAGUCCGGAACCCUGGCGAGACGAGCAAAGCACCCCAGAUUUUUCCCUAAAUUUUCCCAAAUAAAGUCUCACCAAAGUUGAAGAACA